AUGACUUCCUCACAAAAAUCCGCCGUCAAUGUGGUCUUCGGCGCCAUGACCUUCGGCCACGCCGGCGGCGAGCAAUCCCGCGUUCACGACCUGAGCGUCGCUUCCACCAUCCUCGAUGUCUUCCAGUCACACGGCCACAACGAAAUCGACACGGCGCGAGCCUACGGCGAAGGCACAUCCGAAAUUAUGCUCGGCGACCUGGACUGGAGAGAACGCGGCCUCGUCAUGGACACCAAGUACUUCCCCACCAAGGGCAAGCCGCUGCCGGACUCGUGGGACAAGACGCUCGACCACUCUGCCGAGGGACUGCGCACGCAUCUCAUGAAGUCGCUUGAGGCGCUCAAGACGGAUCAGCUCGAUAUGUGGUACCUGCAUGGGCCGGAUCGGACGACGCCGUAUGCGGAGACCAUGAAGGCUGUGGACCAGCUGUACAAGGAGGGGCAUUUCAAGAGGCUUGGUAUCAGCAAUUACCAGGCGUGGGAGGUGGCGCAGAUCUGUGAGCUGUGCAGAGCGAAUGGGUGGAAGAUGCCGGAUGUGUACCAGGGCGUGUAUAACGCCCUGCAUCGCUCUGUGGAGCCGGAGCUGUUUCCUUGUUUGAGGCAUUACGGCCUUGCGUUUUACAAUUAUAAUCCGCUGGCGGGCGGGUAUCUGACCGACCGCUAUCAUCGCGAGGAUGCGGAUGAGGAUGUCGAGUCUGGGGCUCGCUUUGACCCGAAGAAAUGGCAGGGCAAGAUGUAUCGGAUGCGGUACUGGCAUGAGGAGUACUUCAAUGCCCUCGAUCUGCUCAGGCCGGUUGCUGCCAAGCAUGGUUUCACUGAGGCUGAGUGUGCAUUGAGGUGGAUGACACAUCACAGUCAGCUGAAGCGCGAGAAAGGCGACGCCGUCAUCAUUGGGGCCAGCUCGGUGAAGCACAUGGAGAGCAAUAUGAAAGAUCUCGAGAAGGGACCGCUACCUGAUGAUGUGGUUGAGGCGCUCGACAAGGGCUGGAAUGGCUGUAAGGGAAUCUCGAUCAGGUAUUGGAUGUAG